CCCGAUUUCGCUGCACCAAAAUUUGCUUUGCUUUCGGAAAACUUAGGGCAUACAUUGAGGAUUGCUCUCGUUUGUCUGAUCGGACGGUCGUCGGUCGGGAUAGAAUAUGAGCGCCAGGAAGAAGGCUCCGCCAACGAGGACACGAGUCGGGAAGUAUGAGUUGGGGAGAACCUUGGGUGAAGGUAGCUUCGCCAAGGUCAAGUUCGCCAGAAACGUCGAGACCGGUGAUUGCGUCGCCAUCAAAAUCCUCGACCGUGAACAAGUUCUCCGUCACAAGAUGGUAGAACAGAUAAAAAAUGAAAUAUCAACCAUGAAGCUGAUCAAACAUCCAAAUGUUAUUACAAUCUUCGAGGUUAUGGCAAGCAAAACAAAGAUCUAUAUUGUUAUCGAGUUUGUCGAUGGAGGGGAGCUCUUUGAUAAAAUUGCCAAACGUGGGAGAUUGAAAGAGGAUGAAGCCAGGACCUAUUUCCAGCAGCUUAUUAAUGCUGUUGACUACUGCCAUAGUAGAGGGGUCUACCAUAGAGAUUUGAAGCCUGAGAAUCUUCUUCUGGACUCAGAUGGUGUUCUCAAAGUUUCAGAUUUUGGAUUGAGUGCAUUUUCACAGCAUGUUCGGGAGGAUGGGUUGCUUCACACUGCCUGUGGAACCCCAAACUAUGUUGCUCCUGAGGUGCUCACCAACAAAGGUUACGAUGGUACAGCGUCUGAUAUUUGGUCUUGUGGGGUUAUUCUCUUUGUACUCAUGGCUGGCUACUUGCCUUUUGAUGAGUCAAAUCUUAUGGCUUUGUAUAAAAAGAUACUGAAGGCUGAGUUCUCUUGUCCACCAUGGUUUUCUCCUGAAGCAAAGAAACUGAUAAGCCGUAUUCUUGAUCCAAACCCUCUUUCUAGGAUAACUAUUCCUGAAAUUUUGCAAGAUGAAUGGUUCAAGAAAGGGUACAGGCCCCCACAAUUUAACAAGGAAGACGAUGUAAACCUUGAUGACAUAAAUGCUGCUUUUAAUGACUCUAGUUCAACAGAACACCUUGUAACAGAAAGGAAAGAGAAACCUGUAUCCAUGAAUGCUUUUGAGCUUAUCUCUAGAUCACAGAGCUUUAGUCUUGACAAUUUGUUUGAGAAGCAGACAGUGGGCCGUGUGAAGCGAGAAACAAGUUUUGCUUCCAAAUGUCCUCCACAUGAGAUUAUUUCUAAAAUUGAGGAAGCUGCGAAGCCUCUAGGGUUUAACGUUCACAAGCAAAACUACAAGAUGAGGCUAAAAGGUGAUAAAAGUGGGAGAAAGGGCCAGCUCUCUGUAGCUACUGAGGUAUUUGAGGUGGCUCCCUCCUUGCACAUGGUGGAGCUCCGGAAAACUGGUGGUGACACAUUGGAGUUUCACAAGUUCUACCAGACCUUCUCAUCUGGAUUAAAGGACGUAGUCUGGAAAUCUGAAGACAUGGUUGAAGAGCCAAUGUGACUGCUCUUGCCUGGAGUUCUUUCCAUGGUUCGAGAGAGCCUAGUUUUGACUUGUUAUUUGUGCAUUCAGGUCGUAGCAAAUGCUAUUCCGGUCCAUUUCUUGGUUUACAGGUGAUGAUUUAUGUUAGGUUAGUGUGUCUAGUUUCUGUAGUAUAGCGUAUUGUCUUCCCUCCUCCCCUUUAAAAAAUGGGUUUAAUUUCAUUUUUCGUUGUCAAAUAAAUAACUGUAUCAAUGGAAUUUUUGGUAAUAGAUGGAUGUAUCCUUCAAUAAUGUGCCGUGUUCAUC